AUUUGUUAGCGCGGCAUUCUGACUUGCAAAAGUUUUAAACUCCGCACCAGCACCGGAGGACCUUUUAUAGCUCCAUGAGUACACAAAUGAUUCCGAUCAUCAAUUUUAUCACUAAUAGGGGCCUAAAAACAGAACCCAAAAGGCUAAAAUUGGUCACAGCAUUAUUUACAAAAGCCAUACUUAUCGUUCACAAUGAUAUCGCCAAUUUCAACUUCUAUAUUUGGGAAAACAGGCACGGUUCUUCAGAGCACGUGGUAUAACAAUGCACGACUUGACCUUUGAACUUUGUAUCGUCAUGUACCGCGCUCAGUGACUGAAUGCACCGAACAAGUUCAAUACCAAGUGCAUUGUACUCACAAUACCGGUAGGACUAGGAGGCAUAGGCAUAUAGCGUGUGCAGUCUGAAUUUGUCAGGUCUCACAAGAUUCGUCAUUCCAAAGAUAUAGCCUGAAAUACUGAGACCAGUUUCGUCAGCAAUGGCAUCCAAUGUGUCCCACCCGUACUACCCAAGGGGGAUGCAUCUUCCCCACUACAAGGAGAACACCCAUUCCCUGGAGUACAUCCUAGGGGUCGCACUGGGUGUCUUUGCCGUGAUUUACGGGCUGGCCUGGGUACUGUUCAAGCGGGACCGGUACGGUCGCGCCCUGGGCUUGCAGGAGAAGGCCACCCUGUGCUGGUUUGGGAUGAGCGGCUGCAUCCACGUGGUCUUGGAGGGGUAUUUGACAGUGACGAGCGCCACCAUUGCAGGAAGUGAUCACAUCCUUGCGCAGACGUGGAAAGAAUAUGCAAAGGGAGACAGUCGAUAUGUUUCCAAUGAUACUUGCACCAUCGUCAUGGAAACCAUAACUGCUUGGCUGGAAGGACCCGGAUGUUUCCUUAUCGUAUGGGCGUUCAUAACGAGGCACCCAAUGCGACACGUGAUGCAGCUUGCCGUCUCGAUUGGUCAGACCUACGGUGUUCUGAUCUACUUCAUCACCGAGUACUACGAGGAUUUCUCCCACGGCCCGUUGUGGCACCCCAUCUACUUCUGGCUGUACGUGAUUGGCUUCAACGCACCAUGGGCCAUCAUUCCGCCAUUGCUCAUACGUCAGUCAUGGCGGGAACUCUGUCAGGCACAGAGGGCGCUAGACAAGGUUAACGGCUACAUGCCGCCGUCUGAUGGCCGCGGGGCUUCGUCUAAAAAGAAGAAAUAGAUUGUGGCGGUAGAUUGUCUGGAUGGGAGUUUGAUAAUUUUGCAGAUUAAUAAUAAACAUGGGAUGAGGAAAACUAGAUGUAAUGAUUAUUAAAAGUAAAUUAAUUAAGGCACGUGAAACCAAGUGGCGUAGCGGACGGGGGGGGGGGGAGUUCAGGUCUGGAU